CUGCAGUGGCGCGACUUUCAGAUGAGACUCUCUGCUUGGCGGGAGACGCAGAGUUAGGAGCUACAGGUCCUCCGACUGAUUCUACAGUUUUAGUAAUAUAAUAACUGGUGUAGCUUCUCUGGUUUUAGCUAUAUUACAGUAGAUUUCUCGGCACAUUGGCGGCGGAGAGCGGUCAGAAUGCACGACUUCGGUGUUUAUGUCGUGUUUGGAGCUGCAGAAGCGCCUCGACAGAUUAUAAAUAUCUACAAAUCUGAAAAGAGCUCAAUUGCAGUGAAACCAGGUGUGCAGCAGAUUGUGCUCUUCACCAGGGGAAGAUGGGAGAAGUGCACUAGUGUUGCAGUAGAGCUCAAUGACGAAAGUGGUGUGCUUAUAUGUCUGGGCAAAUUAACACCAUUCAACAAGUGUAUCUCUUGGGAAAUAUGGGAAGAUGGUGCGUGGACUGAUGGUGCAACAUUAACUGUCCAGCUUGAGGGGGUUAAAAGUGAUCCUGAUCCAGCGCUUACUAUUGCACAGAAUGAAUACACCCCAGAGUGCAAUACUGCAGCUUUUGUACCUCGAGGAGGCAAGCGGAAGAGGUCACUAGAGAAGAAGGAAGAUAAUGAAGAAGCUACAGGACAGGAAAAUAUUUGCCCGAACUCUUCAGAAAAGGCAACGCCACACCGUCGAAGCAGGGGCAAUGUCCGAUCAGGGCAAGCACUCCUGUUCCCACAGAAGGAAGAACAGUCUACUGCUCGAACCCCCCAGAACCCUAAAACUAAGGGAAAGCAAAGCAAAACCCCAACACAGGCUGCCUCGGCAGACAGUCCUUCAGGUCGCUGGGGUCAAACCCUCUGUCCAAUUGACCCUCAGACAGCAAUAUUGAUUGGAGGACAGGGUGCCCGGAUGCAGUUUUGUAAGGACCCUAUUUGGAAGCUGUGUACAGAGGACCUGUCCUGGGUUCCAGCUGAGACUCUGGCAGAGGGUCCCACACCAGAGGCCCGUAUGGGCCACACGGCGACGUAUGACCCAGAGUCAAAGCGAAUCUUUGUGUUUGGUGGCUCCAAACAUAAGAAGUGGUUUAAUGAUGUCCAUAUUCUGGACACGGAGAGCUGGCGUUGGACAAUGGUGGAGGCACAAGGUAAAGUUCCUCCUCUGGCUUAUCACAGUUGCACAUUGUUCAGGGGAGAGCUCUUUGUUUUUGGAGGGGUCUUUCCUCGCCCGCACCCUGAGCCCGAUGGCUGCAGUGACUCUCUCUACAUCUUCAACCCUGAAAUGGCCAUAUGGUACCAGCCUAUUGUCAAUGGAAACAAGCCUGCUCCUCGAUCUGGGCAUUCUGCUUGUGUGAUGCAGGGCAAGAUCUUCAUUUUUGCAGGCUGGGACACCCCUGUUUGUUUUAAUGACAUGUUCCAGUUGGAUUUGUGCUUGAUGGAGUUUUCAGCUGUGCAAACAAGUGGAUCAGCCCCCUCACCUAGAAGUUGGCAUGACUGCGCAGCCCUGAAUGAUACACGUUUUCUGGUCCAUGGAGGCUACAACGGAAAUGAUGCUCUGAGUGACACCUUUAUCUUUGAUACAGAUACAAGCUGCUGGACCUCUCUGACACUCCCUCAGCUAACAACAGUGCCACGAGCUGGACAUUCCAUCAUCACCAUGGCAACAGCAUGCACAAAGGAUGCCACUGAUGAUCAGGAUCAGCUCUUAGAAUCUUCUCCACAAACCUUGCUCAUCUUUGGGGGAGGAGACAAUGAAGGCAGCUUCUUUUCUGACUUGAUCACCAUACCAGUAAAGGAAUUGUGUGAAUGAGGGUGUGGACGUGUGUUUUUGUUUGUUUUUUAUUCUAAUUGUAAAUAAAUGUUAUGCAUUUGCUUAAGCUUUUGUCCUGUUCAUGUGCAGUACCAGUCUUUUUUUUUUAUUUUAUUGUUAUUUUUUUGUUUUCAUAAUUUUCUACAUCAGUGAUUAAUAUUUAAGACACCAGUUAUAUGAUGGAACAUGUUGAAUUAUGUAGUAAACAAAAAGUAUUAAAAUAACCAGAGUAUAUAUGUAUACUAUAAUCAAUUUAUGUUGCCACUUCUUGAUUUAAAGACAGACAAGCUGCUUUUCCCAUACCCUGCAGCCCAAAUCAUCCCACACACUCUAUUUAGGUCAUGUGUGUUCCUUCAUAUCUUUGAUGUCUUAAAUAUGAUGGGGGUUUUCUAAUGUUUGGCUGGUACUGUAUGUGUGGUUUUUUUUAUACAUUUGCUUGGCUUUACUGCCCAUUAAAUAGCUGUUGAAAUAGUUGUUCAUCUGUGCUGUGAUUAUAAUUUGAGAGUAUAGUAGUUAUUAGUAUGUUUGUUUUCUGUUCGAGGUGUACAUAAUCAUUAAAAUUAAACUUUUUAUAUGUGUAUGGAGUGUCUUUGAUGCAAAUUUGAAUUUUUGUUGUAAAUAUCACAAUAUAUAUCACAGCAUAGUGCUUUUUAUUUUCACAUUUGUUUUUACAGUCAUUACACUGGAUAAUACAAUGCUAAUAAAAACUUGGAGUGAAACAUGA